GCCAUCAUUAGUCUUGCAUGAUUAUAGUCUCUUCCCCCGCACCCUCUCUGUAUUCCCUUACUAUUCUAAUCUCUACUUUGUAUAAUGUCUAAACACCAGCCCUCCUGUCGAGGCUGUUAUGUCGGUACACUUCUCGAAGUGGACCCACAGACUGGAACGACAAGCAACCCCUUAACUAUAACCAGCAGUAACGAGAUAUACGUCGGUCGAGACCCGAAGCGAUGCCAAUACGUCGUAAGCGAUCCAUUCAUCUCGAACAGACACCUCCGAAUAUACACCAUCAUCUUCGACCAAGACAAUCCCGACGAAGUCGCACCGUUAGUAUACGCUCAAGAUAUCUCGCUGAACGGCACGUCGUGGAACAACUAUCCCAUGGGAAAUGGAAAUGGCAGCUUUCUCCUCAGUGAUGGCGAUAUUCUGAAACUGUCCCCGAGUGUUCACCUUUUGUACCGGCGUGACGGUCACAGAGCAGAGGAUCACUUUGACAUGCUGCAGAGAGUCGAGAUGAGGGUUUUCGAGGAUCAGUACACGAUUACACAGCGAAAAUUAGGAUCAGGGGCAUAUGGGAAGGUGCAUAUGGCGUUCAGCAAAGACACUGGUCAGCAGCUUGCAUGCAAGAUCGUUGACCUCCGGACUUUGAAAGAUAAAGUUCUUGAAGAGUUUGACGGUAGAAGAUCCAGGUUCUUUGAGAUGGGUAAGGAUCGCAUAGUUGCAGUGCGCGCACAAAAUGGGUACAUCGCAGGGAAGAUCAAGGAGAAACUCGAAAUAUAUGACCGGGAAGCCAGAAUCCUGGCAAGGCUCUGCCACCCGAAUAUUAUUAGAGUUGAAAAGGUGAUCCGAUCAAGCAAUACAAUAUAUCUUUUUCAGGGCCUCGUGACCGCUGGUGACUUGUUCUCGUUCAUCCAAUACAAAGGUGGGAAGCUUGGUGACAUUGAAGCCGCCGUGAUUGUGAGACAGGUUCUCAUGGCUCUGGAUUACCUCCAUGAACAGAAUAUUGUUCACAGAGACUUGAAGCCAGACAAUAUUCUCAUGACGUCCCUAGCGGAUGGGAGUAGAGUGGUGCUCACUGACUUUGGAUGUGCGAGGCUGAUACAGCCACGAAUUGAAAGGAUGUCUACGAAAAUCGGCACGUAUGACUAUAGUGCUCCCGAAGUCCUUCGAUCCAGCCGGCAAGGCUAUACAAAAGCCGUAGAUCUGUGGUCCCUAGGUUGUGUUACGACCGUGCUUCUGACUGGGGAACCUCCUUUCAGCUCUCCAUCACCUGAGCAGGAAACCAGCCAGGGCAAUCGACAGGGUGCCCUUGACGGUCUCAAGGCGGAUUUGGCCUGCAAUAUGAUUGGCAAGCGGGCGAAAGACUUUGUUCUUCGUCUCCUGCUCUUCGAUGAGACAAAGCGCAUGGAUGUGAAGCAAGCAUUGGGUCAUUGUUGGUUUACCAACCCCGCUCAUAAAGAGGCGUUUGAAGCUCUUUACAAGCGAUCCAUUAGGGACUGGAAGCCUCGAGCACCGAAGGAGCCACUGAUGGUCGAGCUCCGCGAUCUGAUUCAGGUCCGGAAGACGAACGGAGAUGUCGUUCAGAUUCAACAUUCCCAAGAGAGUUUGCCAAGUGGGUUUUCUAAAUCAGCUCUUCCAAGGGCAAGUGUCGCUCAAGAGACAAUAUUAAAGGAACCACAAUCGCCUGAACUACGCAGAGAUCUCUCUCCAACACUCUCUGACCCUGACCUACCGCCACACGGCCGACUAGACAACCAUCCACUUCAACUCCAUGAUUUGGAAAAAGACAUUGCCGAGAUUGACUCAGAAGCAAGGAAGUUAGAUUCCCCCGAGCAAAGCCUGGAAACUUCAGAGCAAUCUGAAGUACUCAGAGGUGAAAGCGAACAGUUCAACCAGUAUGAGUGGGCAAUCCCAUCUAUAAUCCCGGAUUUUUCGAAGGCCAAUACUGCACUGUUGAAGGGUAUAAACGAUUGCCCAACAGGAAAGAAGCGUACUCAGAACACCUGGGAGGAAUUGGAGAAUGAGGUCUACGAGGAGGUCAGAAAUAGUAUCACCGGGAAGCGGCAGCAUUUAGUAUAUGGCACGAACAUUGUCAAAAGCUGGAUUUGAUCCAAUUCGGCGAGCGCCAGGUUGUUG